CUGAUUCAAUUCAAUCUCAUCACACACACAUACAUAUGUAUGUGUGUAGUAGAUGGAUAGUUUGCUGGACUGAAAAUGAGUAUGCAAAUAUUGUGUGAGAAAAUCCCCUAUAGGAUUGAGAAAUCGAAAAACUGACAGAUUGAAAUCGAGGAAUAACACCCUUUGAUAAGCCACAUAAUUUCUGUGUUAUCCCGUGAUCUAUAAAGGCCAUGUGGUAUAAAAAUGAAAAUUCGUAUCGAAUCUGAAUACUUUGUAGGUACAUUCCAAAGUAUUUUCAACUGGAUUGAUUUUCAAAUUGCAACAAAAAGGAACAACAGACCAGAAAGCAGAUUUUUCAAAUACAUUGCCAACGAAAAAAACUUACGAUGCAGUUUGACACCAAACACUUCUUAUGUAAAAUACAUCUAUAGUGCAUUACACUUUUACAAUAUUUAUCAUUGCUAUUACAAUGAUGUUGACCGGUUUCGAAAGGAGUCGAAUGGAUCCAUAUACCGCCGGAUCUUCUCCAUUAUUCCGAAAUUAACGCAGUUAUGUUUCGUGCUUAUUUUGUUGUUGCCAUUCUGCUCUUCAUUGAUACAUGAAGCCAGUGGAAAGGAUGUUAAGGCGAUCCCAACUAUAGCAUCAAGCCCGAAGAAGUUGUGGCUCAGCUCCACACAAUGGUCAAAAGAAAAUAACUUAUGCCAAAAAAAAUGGAAUUUCAAACUAAGGCUUAGGAACUAUACAAAUAAUAAAUAUAAUUACAUUGAUAACGAUAAUCAAAAUAAUAGCCAUAGUCAUAACCCUAGCCAUACCAUAAUAAAACGUACAUAUCGAUGUAAUCAAAGUGUAAAUGAACAUAGUCUGAUAAUUCUAAGUCAAGUUGGUAGUAAAGAAAACAAAACACAAACCAUAUUACACGACCAAAAGCUAAGUUCCGGUUCUAAAAGCAAACGCACCAAAAGAUCACAAAUCUUGCAUCCACGGAAAAAAAAAAGCAAACAUGAAGUAACAGGAGUAGACGAUACACAUAAUAGGAUUAUAAAUAAACAGAAGCUAACGGAAUUAGUAAUGAACGGCCUCGGAUUAAAGAAGUUGCCCGAUAUGAGAAAGGCAAACAUUAGUCAAUUAGAAUACUCAAGUAAAUACCUUCAGUAUUUAGAACGUGUGACAAAAAAUCAGGGAAUUGGUGACAGUAAGGACGGCAACGUUUAUUCUUCAGGCGAUCCAUCCUCAACACUUCGUAUUUUAACUAUAGCGACAAAUAGUUUUAGCGAUAUAACGUACGAACGAUUCCGCCGUCAACGUCGGGCUCCAAGGGGAAUGAAAAGAGCGAAUCUAGAGUCGAGGAUGGAAUCGUUUAGCGAUAAGACAAAUAUUCUCUUACAUUUUCCAUUAUCCAUUAACGAUGCUGAUGAAUAUCACUACAAGAAACUAGAUGAGGCAAAUUUGAGGCUAAUGAUGCUGUACAAUCCAGCAUUGGCAGCACAAUCGCGUCACUAUAGAACAAGAAUAGAACAAGAAGCUAAAAUAAAAUAUAACAAUUCAAUGAAUCACAAAGCAAAGUGCAAUACAGAUAGCACGAUUUCCGCAAAUCACCAACAAAAUCGUAGUCCCAAAACCCGUAGUUACACAUUAAAAUUGAGCGUUUAUCAAUUGCUGCCAAUGCACAAACGCAAGCAGUUAGAUUCCCGUAAAAUAGAGUUUGAGAACGCGAUGGAUGUGGACGAAACCCACAGCCAGUGGUUAGAAUUCGAUGUCACCGAGGCGGUGCGUGGAUGGUUAAACAAGAGCUGCGAGAAUCUUGGCAUAGAGAUACAAUGUGAUAAAUGUCGACGCAUUGGGGCGCGUAUACUCAGCGAUGUGUACAGCCCACAUAAUAGGGAUCAGAAUGAUGGCGAUGAUGAUGAUCGAUAUCAUCUAUCGCCUGUUUUGAAUAUUAUUGGACACAUCGGUCGCACCCAUCGUGAAAAAGGAAUACAAUCGUUUAAUCACAAUAACUACUCCGAUCAUCGUAAUUCUAAUAAGGCAAAAUUAUGGCCUAAUAGUUGCUAUAAACCGCACCAACGUUGCUGCCGUCAUCAAUUGAAUGUGGCUUUUAAGGACAUCAAAGGAUUCGAGUUCAUCAUACAGCCAAAGGUUUUCGACGCCGGCUAUUGCCUUGGGCGUUGCCCCCCUAGGCACAAUCCCGCCCAUCACCACGCCCUACUCCAGAGCUUAAUAUGGCAACAGGACCAUACCCGUGUACCUCGACCAUGCUGUGCCCCAUCGAAACUCACGGAGCUGGAAAUAUUGCACGUGGAUGAGAACCAUAGUGAUAAGCUUAAGAUAUCAACAUGGAGCAACAUGCAAGUUUCCGAAUGCGCAUGCUCAUAGAUCAAUUGUAAGCCAUUUUCCUUGUCUUCAGUAUUUCUAUGGAU